AUGGAUCAUCAUUGUCCUUGGGUAAACAAUUGUGUUGGUGAAAAUAAUCAAUUCUACAUAUCUCUCCUUUCUUGCCAUACACUUUAUUGGGCUAUUAGGCAAUUUGUUUGGUGUGUUGGAAGUGAUUGGAAGCCCUGUUCUGUCUUUAGUCCACCAGCAACCACAAUUCUUUUGAUUUUUCUUUUAUUUGAAUCUGUCCUUUUUUCAAUAUUUACUGCUGUAAUGUUUGGAACACAAAUUUCGGCUAUUUGUUCUGACCAAACUGGAAUUGAGAAUAUUAAACAGGAAAGAAAUUGGAAUAAUAAUGGAAGGAGAAAUGUAAAACCCAAUGAAGAUAUUGAAAAUUGUGACAAUAAUAAUAAUAAAUCUUCUCCAGCUUGGAAGAAUUUACAAGUUGUUUUUGGUGGGGGAGGUGGUCAAAAAUUUUCUUUUAAAUGGCUGAAUCCAUUUGAUGUUCCCUUCCAUUCAGAAAAAGCUUUUGAAUUUUCUGUUUAA